CAGCUGUUGGUGUUGGGCGCCAUUUUCUUUUCCAGGAGCUUCUCUUCCCAGGCGACACACGCCUGCUCCUCCACCGUCUUCAUUCCUCGUCGUCGUCGAGGGCCGGCAGCGUCGACUGGCAGUGACCACAGCAGGAGAUAGGUUUUGACAGAUGGGGUGCUUCAGCUCCAAGCCGGAUGACGCCAGCGUGCUGAUCAGGAGGCGGCCCGCCAGCAUCGGCGAGGUGGCCGUCUUCGUGCCGGGGCUGCGCGUCCCCGAGCCCCUGGAGCUGCCCCCGCCGCUCGCCGACAGCCUCCCCAGGCGGCUCACUGAGCGGCUGGCCGCGUCAAGGGACCGCAUCGCCAACAUGGCCGCCCGCGAGGCGCUCGCCGUCACCAAGCCCCGCAGGCGUGCCGCCACCCAGCAUGGGGCGUCAACGUCGGCUGAUCUUGUGCAGGCCUUGGAAGAGUACCUGCCAGUUAUUCUGGGGAUGGCAAAAGAUGGGAGCGAGCUCGAGGACAAGAUACAGUUUGCAUGGAUGAACCAAGAAGAUGAUGCAGAGGAGACAGCACUGCCCAGCGCCUGGUACGAGGUGCUGUCGGUUCUGCACAUGAUGGCCAUGCUCCGUUUAUCACAAGCAAACUCCCUGCUACUGCCAAAGACGUCUCUUGAAGGAUACCAUGCCAAAGUAUCUGAAGAGAACAAACGGGCUUCUGUCGAGAUAUUCCUCAAGGCGGCCGGGCACCUGGAGUGCGCCAUGCAGAAUGUUCUUCCCAGGAUGUCGCCCGAAAAGAGGAAAGGUCUUCCCGUGGACCUGUCUGAAGGGGUCCUGAAAGCUACCUGCAUGCAAGCACUCGGUCAGGCAAUUGAUGUUCAACUUGGGUUGGCAAUUGACAGUCCAAAGGCUACCCUGGCUGUCAAAAGGAGGCUGGCAUGUGAGAUGGUCAAGUGCUGGCAGCAGGCACAUGAAAGCAUCGCGGACAUACCUCUGCUCGACGGCUGGGGUGAAAAGCACAGGCUCUUUGUCAAGUGGAAGCACAUGGAAGCAAAAGCUGCGGCGUAUUACUACCACGGGCUUAUCCUCGACGAAGGCAACACCGAGAAGUCCCACCGGGCGGCCGUGGCGGCGCUGCAGUCCGCGGAGGAGUCCCUGAGGGAGAGCAGGGCCGUCUGCGAGGCCUUCCACACCACAUCCCCCUUUUCAAGGAGCCCGACCCUAUGGGGCUCGAUGAAGUACCUCCACGACAAGAUCCACAAGGACUCCAACUGCAAAGUCCGCAUCAACAAGGACCUCUACAGCAAUGUUGACAGGACACAUGACAUGGUGCCGGCUCUGCCGGAUUUCGCGGUGGCCCUUCAGCCGGAGGAGUACCGGCUUCCUCGCACAGACGCUGCUUCUGCAAAUGACUAGCUGCUAGCUGAAGCAUGUCUGUAUGCUGGUCCUUGAUUCACUGGAUCCUAAUUAAGCAGCUUUAUGUGUACCUUCCCGUCGAUGGAUGGACGAUUAAUUUGUGACUGAAUCAGAAGAUGAACUGAACCGCACACUCUGGAAAUGCCAGUCACAGAAAGGAAUAACAUUCUUGAGCUAGUUUCAUCAACCGAAAUAGAAUAAUUGCCAUGUGUUCUUCUGCAAGGAUGUACCUGUCCACCUCCACAUCUCUAACUAGUAUCACAAACACCAGAUCACUUGUAGAAAGGGCUACAAGGCACAACAUUGCCGAAGAUGGAGGACACAAGACCAUCAAACGGGGAGUAGGAAAAUGCCGCUGUAAAUGUCACACCAACAAUAUGUAUUCUCCACUGAAGCAGCAUAGAAAAACCAGUAGUGAGGCGUCCAGUGUACCGUGACAAAUAAGUUUCAUGACUCCAGGAUCCCACCGUGUCGCAGUUGCA